UGAUUGAGUCGUGGAAGCCUUGUGGUUCGGGCGGUCCUGGGGGCCGGCGAGCCGAGGCUGAGGGGUUCCAAGUAAGGGCAUGUUCGUCCGCCUCCCACCUUGCACGUUCCGAGUGCGGGCGGUCUCCUUGUUGGGAGCUCUCGGGGCCGGGACGUGCGGCUCCCGAGGGGCCCACCUGGCGCCCCGGGCUCUGAGGGAAUGGACGCUGCAGGUGAGCCCGUUUGGGCGGCUGAGGGCGCAGCUCCCAUGCCACCUGGCCGUGAGGCCCCUGGAUCCGCUCGCGCAUCUAGAUGGCGACCGCGUGCAGGUGGCAGUGUUUGGCGCGACGCGGGGCCUGGACAGCUUGCUGGUCAAGUAUGACGCUGCUCGGCAGGAGAUGGCCAUUCUGUCAGAUGACAUCGACCCCGAAGCGUCGGUGGAGGUGAACGCACCCCUCAAGUUUGCUCUGAAUAUCGAGUCAUCAGGGUCUGGCUGUGUGAAAGUGCAGAAUAUUGAAUGUGAUAGCUGUGAAAUUGCCACUGAGCGGGGGAGCAGCAUCUUGCAGUCUGUGAAGAGUAGAAAAUUACAUGUCCAAACAAAAGGAGGCAAUGUGACCUGUCUUGGAACGGUUUUUGGAAAUAUAGACAUUCACGCAUCAGAUAAAAGUACUGUGACCAUAGAUAAACUUCAGGGCGGUUGUGUUAAUGUAUCCACGGAGGAUGGUCUGCUUCACGCCAAGUGUCUGUACGCAGAGUCUUCCUUUCUGUCCUCUGCCGCUGGGGAUAUUUCACUAGGACAUGUGCAUGGAAAUAUCACACUACAAAGCAAGAUGGGUAACAUUACAGUGGAUUCGUCCUCUGGAUGUCUGAAAGCCUGCAGUCAUCGGGGUGCCAUAGAUGUUUAUGUCAGUCAGCUGGGGGAAGUGGCACUGACCUCACAGGAAGGUUCUAUUACUGUCAAGGCCCCGUCAUCUCUACAAGCUUAUUUAAAGUUAUCAGGGCAGGAGGUAGUUGUGGAUGCAGAAGCUCGUGUUCAGGAAAUGGCCAAAGAUCAUAAAGGUGAUGGUGUGACGGUUACAGGACUCAUGAAUCAAGCAAGCAAACAUGAAAGGUGGAUAAAUGCCAUUGCCCCCAAAGGCACUGUAACUUUUAAACAUCAGAGCUGGUUCCAGUCACUGAAGCUGCAGGACUAAGAAUGGUUUCGGUUGUAUUUAUGAUUUUUAAUGUGGACUUCCAGACUGUGAGUAUAAAAAUGCAGACACCAGUGUUCAUAUAAAUGUCAAGACAGCGGCCCUGGCAGUGGAUGCUGGUGAAUGGUUUCAGGGGGACUUGUGCCAAAUGUGUGCUUAGCCAUAGUAUUCUUUUUCUAUUGUUUUGCUCCAAUUUACAGAAGUCCCCAAGAUAUGUCCUAAGACCUCCAGUGAUACCUGAAAUCACCGAUAGUAUCAACCCCUGUAUACUGUGUGGGUCUUUUGUUUGUUUGUUUAAUAAACACAUAUGCCACCUGAAUGCCUUUUCUAUCCAACU